UCACAAGACCAUAAAAUGAAAGAUAUGGAAGUCAAUUACGACAAAAUAUUCAAAGUAAACAUAAAAGCUAUGACACUAAACCAGUGUCACCCAGACAUACCAAGAAACAAGAAAUGGUUCUUCCGUUUCUUCAUCACCCAUGGGAUUUUCUCUCUAGUAUUUCUGAUCAUCAUGUACAAUAUAAUUUUCCAUGAUUUGGCAAACAAUGACUUCUCGAAGACAUGCCAGGAUGGGACCUUAUCAGUCGUUUAUAUUGUAAUCACUUUUCAAUAUACCAUCAUGGUUUGGAAACAAGACUUACUGAAAGACAUGAUUCAUAUCAUGAGGAACGAUUUUGAGGCUAUCAUGGUUUCUAACCGCGAAGAUCAGGAGGUGGUUUUGAAGUACGCUCAAAAUGGAGCUUGGGUUGGCAAGCAAUGGUUGCUGAUAUCCAUAUCAGCAUCCAGUAUGUUCCCUUUGAAAACCACCGUAACCUUCAUUUACAAUUACAUUAUUGGAGAAUUUGAGUUAAUCCCUAUUUACGACUUAGUAUACCCUCCAUUUAUAGAGAAAAGAAAAGAUAGUUUGUUCGUUUAUUUUUCUCUUAAUGUUCUUUUAAUAUAUUAUGCUAUAUAUGCUGGGUUGAUGUAUACUUCUUUCGUGCCUCUGGGACCGACUUUUAUGCUGCACACUUGUGGAAGAUUGGAGCUGCUAACCAAACGAGUGAAUAGAUUAUUUGAAGAUAACAAAGGGGAUGAAAUAAUGGUGGAACUCAGAAAUAUAUGUGUGGAAUUACAGCGUAUUUAUGAUUUGGUUGACCAUAUCAAAGACACAUUUAGAGUGGCAUAUGAACUCACUCUAAAAGCUACGACCAUUAUUUUGCCUAUUACGGUAUAUGAAGUUCUCGAGUCCUUCGGCCGAGGGGAGUUUAGUUUGGAGUUCAUCACGUUUAUAUUCGGGGGCACUUUGAUCAGCAGCUCUCCGUGUUACUAUAGCGAAUUGCUUAUGACAAAGGGUGAAGAAUUCCGCCAAGCAGUAUACUCUUGCGGCUGGGAGCGGCUGUACGACCGGCGCGCGCGCAGCUCCUUAGCACUCAUAUUGGAACGCGCGCUCCGCCCUACGGCCAUACGAACCAUGUUCAGAACUGUUUGUUUGGAUGCUUUGGCUGAUCUUUUCCAUCAAUCGUACGCCAUCUUUAAUCUGAUGAACGCCAUGUGGAAUUAA